ACACCCUGAGGAUGACCUUUGACUCCUGCCUUCGUCUCCGAUUGAAAUCAAACUAACACUGAACAAGGAGAACAGAGAGAGAACUGAGCAACUAGACACUGAAACACAGACUGCUGCAGGAGGAAAAACAAGACAAUCAAAGUCAAACUUCACUCUGAGACAAAAUGGCUUCCAGAUCAGACGAUGAUCUCUGCUGUCCGGUCUGUCUGGAAAUAUUUAAGGAUCCGGUUCUUCUGUCAUGUAGCCACAGCUUCUGUAAGGAGUGUCUGCAGAAAUAUUGGAGAGAGAAACCAGGAAGAGAGUGUCCAGUUUGUAAAAGGAGAUCUUCUAAAAAUCAGCCACCUUUAAAUCUGGCUCUGAAGAAUCUCUGUGAGUCUUUCUUACAGCAGAGAGAGCAGAGAGCUUCAGAGGAUCUCUGCUCUCUGCACUCUGAGAAACUCAAACUCUUCUGUCUGGACCAUCAGCAGCCAGUGUGUCUCGUCUGCAGAGAUUCAGAAAAACACACCAAGCACAGAUUCAGACCCAUCAAUGAAACUGCUCAGCAACACAAGAAGAACCUUCAGGAAACUCUGGAGCCUUUAAAGAAGAAGCUGGAGCUCAGGAAGAAAGUUCAGGAGGAGUUUGAUCAGACAGCAGAACACCUGAAGGUCCAGGCCCGACACACAGAGAGGCAGAUUAUGGAGCAGUUUAAGCAGCUUCAUCAGUUUCUAGCAGAGGAAGAGGAGGCCAGGCUGGCUGCACUGAGGGAGGAAGAGGAGCAGAAGAGAGGGAUGAUGAAGGAGAAGAUGGAGGCUCUAAGCAGAGAGAUAGCAGCUCUUUCAGACACAGUCAGAGCCACAGAGGAGGAGCUGAGAGCUGAAGACGUCUCAUUCCUGCACAACUACAAGGCUGCAGUGGAAAGAGUCCAGCGCUGCCCCCUGCUGGAGGAUCCACAGCUGCCCUCAGGAGCUCUGAUAGACCAGGCCAAACAUCUGGGCAACCUGGCCUUCAACAUCUGGAGCAACAUGGAGAACAUGGUGACCUACACUCCUCUGGUUCUGGACCCAAACACGGCUGGUCCAGGACUCCAUCUGUCUGAAAAUCUGACCAGUGGGAGGAAAGGAGAGAAACAGCAACUUCCUGAUAAUCCAGAGAGAUUUGAUAUUUACUGGUGCUGGUCUGUUCUGAGUUCUGAUGGUUUUAACUCAGGGAACCACAGCUGGGAUGUUGAUGUUGGAGACAGUAAAGACUGGAGCCUUGGUGUGUUAGAAGAGUCUGUUCAGAGGAAGGGAAUCAUAGAGUCUGGAUUGUUGUUUAUAAAUAAUUACUCAGCAUAUUCUCCACCAGCUCCUCCCACUCGUCUCUCAGUCCAGAAGAAACUCCAGAGGAUCAGAGUGAAUCUGGACUGGGACAGAGGAAAGCUGUCCUUCUCUGAUCUGGAUACUAACACACACAUACACACCUUCACACACACCUUCACUCACAAGAUGUUUCCAUACUUCAACACUAAUAAAACAUUAAAGAUCGUACCGAUGAAGAUCUCAGUGAUCAAGCAGCAGCUCUGAUGAUCUCAGCAUGAAGAUCACAAAGUCCAAAUAAAAACUUAUUGAUCAGAUUGAAACUGUGAGUUUUAAAGAGGAAACUGGAGAUGAUCUGAUCAUCUGGAGAUUCUUCAUCUCUGACUUUCCAACUAUUGUUUCCAUUCUAGCAGAAAUUAAUGUC